AUGGAAGAAAAAGAUUAACGUACAAGAAAUAUUGAACAUUUUAAAAUAAAGAAAUUAAUGAAAAAGCUCCAAUUCACCAGAGGACAAGGAACCUCAAUGGUAUCAUUAAUUCUUCCUCCUAAAAAGCAAAUAUCUGAUGCUACCAAAUUAUUAAAUGAAGAAUAUGGUAAAGCUACAAAUAUAAAAGACAGAAUAAACCGUUAAUCAGUUUAAGAUGCAAUGACAUCAGCUUUACAACGUAUAUUUUUUUUUUUUAAUUUUUUGUUAAAAAAAAAUAUAUAGGUCUUAAAUUAUACACUAAAACACCAAAUAAUGGGCUUAUUCUAUAUUGUGGAAAAGUAUUAAAUGAUGAAGGGAAAGAAAUAAAGCUUUUAAUUGAUUUUGAACCAUAUAAACCCAUAAAUACAUCUCUUUAUUUUUGUGAUAGUAAAUUUCAUGUAGAAGAACUUGGUGGAUUAUUAGAAACUGAACCUCCAUUUGGUUUUAUUGUUAUGGAUGGUUCAGGCGCAUUAUAUGCUAGUUUAUAAGGAAAUUCUAAAAUAGUAAAUAAUAUUUAUUUAUUUUUAUUUAAAAAAUAAAAAAUAGAUUCUCAAUUCGUUUUCAGUAGAAUUACCUAAAAAGCAUGGCCGAGGAGGUCAAUCUUCUGUUCGUUUUGGGCGUUUAAGAGUUGAAAAAAGACAUAAUUAUUUAAGAAAAGUUUGCGAAGUGGCUGUAUAAACAUUCAUUUGUAAUGAUAAAAUUAACGUUUAAGGUUUAGUAUUGGCAGGUAGUGGUGAUUUUAAAACUGAAUUGAGUCAAACAUAAAUGUUUGAUCCUAGAUUAUAAUGUAAAAUAGUUAAAAUUGUAGAUGUAGGCUAUGGAGGUGAGAAUGGAUUGAAUUAGGCAAUUGAAUUAUCUUAAGAAUCUUUAGCUAAUGUAAAAUUUGUGUAGGAAAAGAAUGUUAUUUCUAAGUUCUUUGACAAUGUGGCAAUUGAUAGUGGAUAAAUUGUAUAUGGAAUUAAUGAUACUAUGGCACUUUUAUUAGAUGGUGUUAUAGAAACUAUACUUUGCUAUGAAGAAUUAAAUACACUUAGAAUUACAAGAAAAAAUAAAAUCACUGAAUAAAUUAGUUAUAUUUAUAUUCCUCCAACUGAAAUUAACAAUGUGAAACAUUUCAAAGAUGGAGAACAUGAGUUAGAAAAAGUUGAAGUGGAAAACCUUACUGAAUGGUUAGCGGAAAAUUAUAAUAAUUAUGGAGCUGAAUUGUAGUUUGUUACUGAUAAAUCUGCCGAAGGGUGCUAGUUUGUGAAAGGAUUUUCGGGAUUAGGAGGAUUUUUGAGAUAUAAAGUUGAAGUAGAACAUGUUGUAAAUAAUAAUAAUGACGAAUAUAAUUAUGAUGAAGAUGAAGAUUUCAUUUGAAAGAAAAUAUAUUUUUAAUAUUAAAAUUAUUAUCGAUUAUUUUUAUUUUUUUGAGUUUUUAUGUUUUUUUUUUUAAUUU